AUGAUGGAAGUGAAUAAUAUCACAGAGCCUGAAGCUGCUGAUACCGAAGGCAAGAGCUACAAGGAAGAGACUGAAGAGCUGAAGAUUCAGCUGAAAGAAACCAAAGAGGCAGUUACACUGAGUCACUUCUUCUCCUUGUCGAAGGAUCACAAUCACGAGUUACCACGGUUCCACUAUCGGACCCGGCUGUCUGGAGACCUGAAAGAUGGCGACUGUUCCCUGAUUAUAAACAACAUCAGACGGGAAGAUGCAGGACCUUAUUAUUUCAGAAUAGAAUUUGACAGCAGUAAUAGUUACAGCUACUAUCCUGUAACCCAGCUUCACGUUUCUGAUUUCACAGAUAAACCCACGAUAUUCCCUGCUGAAAUUAUUGCAGGAAAGCCUGUGGAUGUAAGCUGCACCUUCAACACAACGUGCAAUGGAACAGCAGCACCUGUCUUAACCUGGGACACUCCCACUGAGGUACCUGGAUCAGUCUCAAACACUGUAACUCAGCAUGGUGUCACUCUGACCUAUACUUCUGUUCUGACCCUGAUCCCAUCACUCAAACACCACAGACACACUCUCAGCUGCAGAGUGAGAUAUCCAUCUGUUUCAUCGGAGCGGACCCUCGUACUAACUGUGCAAGGUAGAGACUCCAGUAAAUGGACAGUAGGAUUGCUCACAGCUGGGAUCAUGUUGAGUGUUUUCCUGGCUGGAAUCUUCAUCUUCAUCUGUGUGAGAAAGAGAAAGACAGCGCUGGAGGAGAGGGUUUCAGGGACCAGUGACAUUGCAUUGACCCCCAGUUCACUCUCUGUGAAGCACCAGGGUAAACAGAACGUGCUGAUUACUGAGCCCGGGAACACAACCAGAGACACAACAAGAGACGGGGAGACCCCAGCUCCCCGGGGUCUCUCUGAAGGUCCAGUUGGAGGCGAUGCUGGACAUGGGAACCCCGACAAUCCUGACGACUUUCUGUACGCCAAUCCCCAAGUCUUCAGGGUGCCCAGUGGUGAUGGGACUGUCCACAGGGAAGAGGAGACAGAAUACGCACAGAUCAGAUUCAAGUGA